GAGGAGGGGCAUCUCUCUCGCCGAGUCGGUCGCGCUUGUUCAUCUUUGUACGAGUUCGUCUCCUCCGGCUUCCUGCAGGACGCUGAGCUCCGUGUUGCCAUCAGUAACCGGCCUCUCGGGCUCCACUGCUGCGGGUGAACGAACUGUAUCAACCCCCGGGGGAACAUGGACCUCGACGUAAACGACCACAUAUGAUUUUUACGUUUUGGUACGUCCACCUCGGCUCCUGUGACCUCCAUGUUGUUUUACCCCCGAACCGUGAAGCUAAGCUACGAAAACGCGCAUCACCCUCGAAACCGUCUGCAGAGCUGCUCACUUCAAUUCAAGCGGUGCUUGAGCAAUGAAACUGAGAGUUCUGCUUGCGAGCUCGGCACCGACAUCUGUGACAAGGCUGUCACCACGACAUCACGUUCGCCCCCUGAUGACGUAGUGUCCCACUGUAGCUCGCAGCUAACUAGCAUCAUGUUAAUGACGUAACAAGGAUAAUGUGCAGAUCUGGAAAAAAAAACUUUAAAACGUACUCACUUAUACAAAUAAUUAAUAGUGUCUCUUCGUGAAGGUUUACCGGAUUUUUAUCUUCCUCUGAAGCUCAGUGAAAAGAACCACUGAAGAGACUCUGUUCUUGUAUGGUGCUAUUUGAUGGUGUACCACUAGGGGGCGCUCUGACACACAGAGGAAGCUGUUGGGGUAACGAGUGUUUUAGUCGCAACUCAUCACUUUGAUUUAUAAAUCAUUUAUUAAGCCAUUAAUUACAAAAAAAUGUUCAGUUGCAAGGCUGUGAAAAAUCAAUCAGUCAUUAAAAGAAAUAGUCACAGUUGCAAAUGUUAAUUCAAAAAUAGGUGUUUUUUAUACAAAUCUAUAAAUUAUAAGAGUUUGGUUCAGAUGCUUUUCCAGGAUUUUUAAAAAUGAAAGUUAAGAGGACAAACGACCUGUUGGAGCUUUGACCUGAAGAUCGAACUAAACAGCUGGAGGAGGAUGAACUCAACCCGUCCACCCCCAAAAAAUGUGAGACAGACUGACUGAACCACAACAUGUCAGGGUCGAAAUAUCACGUGUCGCUGCCUGUGGCGGCGGGUGUCCUGUUGGUGGGCCUGCCGUACUCCAUCUCUCUAGUCGCCCAGUGCAUUUACGGAUGGCCCAACAAGCCCGGAUACAAGAAGUACACAGAAGCUCUACAGCCAAGGCGAAUAUACCGUUUGACCAGAGCCGUGCUGGAAAUGCUCAAAUACCUGCAGUAUGGGAGACUUUACUACCAGUGGAAGUCGUGGUACAGGAAUGACGAGAACCGUAAGCAUUGUGAAAAGGCCAUCAUAUUUGGCCGCCGGGGCAACAAGCUGGACUUAUACCACUCUCCAAACGUGGGCAAGACCGAAGGUGGGCCUGCACCACUCAUAGUUUUCAUCUAUGGAGGCGCUUGGGGCUCUGGAAACAGAUCCAUCUUCUGCCUGCUGGCCAAGCAAAUGGCUCAGGAACUGAAUUCAGCUGUCAUCUGUCCUGACUACUCCACCUAUCCAAAGGGGAACGUUUUAGGGAUGGUCCAAGAUGUUGCCGACAGCCUGCUGUGGGCCCAGGAGAAUGGACAGAGGUUCAACUUUGACAAAGACAACAUUGUGUUGAUUGGACAUUCAGCAGGUGCACACCUGUGUGCUUUGGCCACGCUGUUUCUCAUUGACACAAGAGAGGAGCUCUUCAUAGAGGCCAGUAAGCAGCAGGAUGUCGCACUGGCGAUCAGAGGAGUUAUCGGUCUGAGCGGCGUGUACGACAUCAUGGACCAUUAUGAGCACGAGCGGAAGCGAGGAGUGGAAUACGUGUCCACCAUGCACAAAGCCAUGAAUGGGGUGGAAAACUUUGCGUACUACUCACCAACACACUUCUUGCAGAACCUCAGCCGGGACAAACUGAACAGAGUGCCUCCGUUCGCUUUACUCCACGGGACCAGUGACAUCAUCGUUCCUGUGGAAUCUUCCACAAAGUUCUCUGAGCUUCUCACCUCGCUGUCCGUGAAGGCGUCGCUCUACCUGCUGCCACGAGUCGACCACGUGGAGAUCAUGAUCGACCUCAUGGCGUCCGACCGGCGCUUCUACCAUCCCAUCUACGGCUGCAUCAAACAGGAGCACAGAAAACUUCUGACAUCAGAAAAAACAUAACUACUCGAUCUUUGUACUGAUUGUGCCUUAUACACUUCUGUUUGUUCACAGUAUUCGCCGUUAUACCUCAUAAUGAAUCAUUUUCAAGCCGUUUUCAAGUUUUGACUCCAUAUUAAUGUUUUGGGCUGUGUGUUUUUCCAGAAAAAAAAAAUUUAAUUAAUCAUGAAUCAUUUACCAAAAUAUAAAAACAACGUAAAACACACCCUACUCAUGAUUGAAAUAGAAGUCCGGUUAACUAGGUUUUAGUGAAGCGGCAGCAUUUUGAUUCUUUAAAUCUCUUGUUUUUAUGUAACAUCUUAUUUUGAAAUAUUAUUUAUUGACGUAUUAAACCUACUUGAAGGAA